UUGUUCAAAACAAAGUUCGCAACAAACAGCAUUCGAGAAUUGUCCUUUUCUUUGAAAACAGAAUACCCCGUGUAAAGUUAUGCACAUUUCCUAAGGACACUUACAUCCAACACAAUGAGUGAAUUAGAAGAAAUUGCGCCAUUCCUGUCGAAAACCGCACGCUUGGAUUUGAAGGCGGUGGCCCUUUCGGUUGUUCUAGGACUCACCGGGUCUGUAGAUGGCAUCAAAUUGCUUCUCCAACAAGAGGCCAUUCUCAGCAACGUGCUUGAUCUGGCGGAUGAUGAAUCAGAGACCAUCGCUAAAGAUGCUGUCCUCUGCUUUGUAAACAUUAGCGCUGAAGAGAAAGGUGCUCAAGUGAUCGUAGAUAAGCUAUCGUCAAGAUUGGUGCCAACAGCUUACCGGGCGAUACUGGACGAGAAUUCUAAGCUAGCUGAUCCCUGGUGUAUGGUACUGUGUAAUGUGUCCCGUCCGGAUUCGUUGGUUGAAACGGUGGUAAAAGAGCUUCUGGCGAUCGAGUUUUCUGUUGAAAAAUUAACGACAUUCUUCACACGAGUGAAUUACAACAAACAAAAGGGACAUCUCAAUUAUCUGGGACCAUUGUUUAGCAAUAUUUCACAGUGUGCGGUUGGUCGAAAGGUGUUUUGUAACAAAGCGACUGGAUUGUUGCGUCGAAUUUUGCCUUUCGUGCACCAUGAGUCCAGUAUCGUAAGACGGGGCGGUGCCGUUGGUUUGCUAAAGAACGUUUGCUUUGAUUCUACUGUCCACGAGUGGCUGUUGAGUGAAGAAAUGGAUGUUCUACCAUUCAUUUUGCUACCGCUGGCCGGACCCGAGGAAUUUGAUGAUGAGACAAAUGAUAAGCUGCCGAUGGAACUGCAAUACUUGGGACCGGAUAAGAAACGAGAGGAAGAUCCGGAUAUACGCAAGAUGUUGGUGGAAUCGUUGGCGCAGCUAUGUGCAACCCGUAAGGCGAGAGUUUACCUGAGGGAACGAGGUGCAUACGAGAUUUUGCGAGAGCUACACAAAUACGAGUGCAGCGAGCUGGGCGACAAAUCCGUUCUAGCCUCGGUCGAAAACGUGGUUGAUAUUUUAAUUCGGACGGAAGAGGAAAUUGGCGAAGACAAUCUGAAAGAGCUCGAGAUUCCGGAUGAUGUAAAAAGAAAAAUUGAAACGCUCGAUGACAAGGCUGAGCACUAGUUCAAUAAAAUGCAAAGCAAAUUACCAGCGCCUUAA